AUGAAUUCGCUUGAGCACCUUGACCUCUCCUAUAAUGAGUUCAAGGGUGAAGAUUUGAAAUCAUUCAUGAAUAUAUGCACCCUACGUUCAUUAUACAUGUUUGGAAACAAUCUGAACGAACACCUUUCGUCAAUUCUUUAUAAUUUCUCUAGUGGUUGUGUUAGAUACUCACUACAAGUGUUGAGUUUGACAUACAACAAAAUCAGAGGCUCCAUACCUGACCUUUCAGCAUUUUCCAAUUUGAAAAUGUUGGAUCUUUCUGACAAUCAAUUGAGUGGGAAGAUACCUGAAGGCACUAGAUUGCCUUCUCAUUUGGAGAAGUUGUUAAUUGGGGUUAACUCUUUAGAAGGUGGCGUUCCAAAAUCAUUUUGGAGCUCAUGUACUUUGAAGUUAUUGGAUUUGUCUUUCAAUAAGUUGAGUGAAGAUCUCACAGUGAUAUUUAAUCAUUUGUCUGGAUGUUCUAGAUACUCAUUGCGAGAAUUAUAUCUCGGUCAAAAUAAAUUCAAUGGCACAGUACCUGAUUUUUUAAUAUUUUCAAAGUUAGAAACAUUGGAUAUAUCAGGAAAUCGAUUGGAUGGAGUUCCAAAAUUACUUCACAAUGAUCUUCGAUUUCCAAGUGAGCUUGAGGCUCUAUCUUUGAUGUCAAACUCUUUGAAAGGUCAUAUUGCCUCAGUUUAUGGUAGAAUCGAAGCAGAAAGGCCUGACUCACCUGCAAAACGCGCCUGCAACACGUCAAGUCAGUCAAGUUCUGGCGAAGAGAAACAACCUCGGGCUGGGUUGAGUGUGGGGAACGAGAGAAUGGGUAAGGUGUCGCCGAAGGAGAAGACUCGGAGGGUUUAG